AUGGCAGAAAGCCCGACGGCCCCAUCCAAGCAAACGCCACCUACAGUCCACGAAGACUACCAAAAAGGGGAUGUUCACCUCUUGUCCUCUGAUAACGUCUUGUUCUGCGUCGACGGGUAUCGUCUCGGGAAGGCCAGUAAAGUCUUCAGCGAUAUGCUCAGUGUUCCCCGGCCUAUUACCAGCUCUACAUCUGACGCCGACGCCAAGGUUGAUACUGGCAUCGAGAACUCGAGCACUCGAGCGCCUUCCACUGGUGCGCCCAUUGAGAUGGAAGAGACCUCUGCCACCCUGCAAUGCUUUCUAGAACUCGCCGCCCUCAGUGGAAACAGGACUUUCCCGCUAUCGGUAGACGAGACUGGCAACUUAUUCUUGUUCCAUCGCAAGUGGGAUCUCAACGACAAGCUUUCUCGAAAGAUAGUUGACGAGUUCUACCGUGUUGCUAUAUACCAUGAUCCCUGGGGCUGGUUCCACCUCGCGUCCCAGUGGGGUGAUGUAGAGUUCGCAGCGCGGGCGCUUCAUGCUAUGGGAGAUGGAAAAACGUUUCUUGAAGGGCGGAAAGAUGUGGGCUUUUGGCGCUCUCUUCGAGAAUUGGGAGGAUCGUGGGAUAUCAUUGUUUUGGAAGAGGCGUUUGGUAAUCCAGGGAGAUAUGAGUUUGUCAAUUAUAGGUGGGUCAGCCGAAAGAAGUACCACUACGAGCAGACAAGUAUAUUUGAUGGGCUGCCAUUGAAUGCGCCUUGGGAGGAGGUAUGCGAGGUGCUGAAGGAGCGAUUCAAAGCGGCCGGGGGUACAGAAGAGGGGUCAGUGGCCUCAUUGGAGGAGGAGGAGGCGGGACAAGUACAUAUGUAG